GCGGCUGGCCGGGGCUGUGCAGGGUAGGUGGGCGCAGACGGAGCGACUACGGGUCGGGGCUGGGCUCAGCGCGCUGCGAACAAAGGAGUCUGCGGCGGUUCCCGGCUCCUGGCUCCGCGGAGGACCAAAAGCUUCGCUGGACUCUGAGGUUCCGUGACUCCGGCUCGGCUUCCUCUCGGCUCCACCGCGGGCGCCGCGGCACCUGCCGCCGAGUGCUGCCCAGGGAGCCUGUCCCGCCGGGGCUCAUGAUGGGGCUGAUCUUCGCUAAACUGUGGAGCCUUUUCUGUAACCAAGAGCACAAAGUAAUCAUUGUGGGACUGGAUAAUGCAGGGAAAACCACCAUUCUUUAUCAAUUCUUAAUGAAUGAAGUAGUUCAUACUUCCCCAACCAUAGGAAGCAAUGUCGAGGAAAUAGUCGUGAAGAACACUCAUUUUCUCAUGUGGGACAUUGGUGGCCAAGAGUCUCUGCGCUCAUCCUGGAACACCUAUUAUUCAAACACAGAGUUCAUCAUUCUUGUUGUCGAUAGCAUUGACAGGGAACGACUGGCCAUUACAAAAGAAGAAUUAUACAGAAUGUUGGCUCAUGAGGAUUUAAGGAAAGCUGCAGUCCUUAUCUUUGCAAAUAAACAGGACAUGAAAGGGUGCAUGACGGCAGCUGAAAUCUCCAAAUACCUCACCCUUAGUUCAAUUAAGGAUCACCCAUGGCACAUCCAGUCUUGCUGUGCGCUGACAGGAGAGGGGUUAUGCCAAGGUCUAGAGUGGAUGACCUCCAGGAUUGGUGUGAGAUAAUUUUUUGCUUGAAAAAGACUUCUCUAUUUAUUCCGUGACAUGAACAUUUUUCCUAAUACCUUUGGCUGCUGAGGCAGCAGCAUGUUUAAUUUAUAACAACACAAACCUCUGAGCAACACUUGAAUCAAGUGCCGCUGUACUGGAACAUAGAGAUGUUUUCUUACCUUUGUUUCAAAUGCACUAAUCUUCAGUCGGAUGAGCGUACCAUGUCGCUAUGUUUGCAGCAACAGAGCUCUUCUGACUGCGUGUUCUAAUUAUUUGGUGACUGCCUUGUAAAAACUGUUUGUCAUAUGGUUCCUGUUAUCUGACGUUUGUUAUGUCCUUUAACCACCAGUUCCCUUACUUCUCGGCCACCACUCCCUCCUUCCCAGGUACUUACUGGUGUGACAGAAUAGUAGCAGGAAUUGUCAUGUACUUUUCCUCCAGCACUAAACAUUUGUUUCUCUACAAACCCUUCUCAUCUUUUAGACAGAAUUAAUUACAACAAAGAGAAUCUACCUAGAAGCUCUUUGUGUGUGUAAGAGUAAGCAUCAUGAAUACUAGCCUUUAAAUUUCCCUCACCUCAUUGCAUGUCAUAGUAUAAUUUUAAGUUGCUCUUUGCAUGGGGAUUAAGUACUCCAUUUAUUUAUGGGAGGAAUUAA